AUGACACUGCAAGAAGCCUCCAGGCCUCGAAGUAUUCGAGACGACACAACCCAACCGCUGCAGCCCCUCCUCCCGUCGUCGCGAGAGUUGGGAGAAGUCACUCCCCCCAAACAGCCAGAUGGCGCACCGGUAGCGAAACAAGAUCCCAAGUCUGGAAAGUCAUGGGCGCAUUUUGUCGCUGGAGGCCUCGGUGGCAUGGCCUCGGCGACUUUGACAGCCCCGCUGGAUGUCCUGAAGACUCGUCUGCAAUCUACUUUCUACCAACAGCAUCUCGCCGCAAUGCGUUCCGCCCGUGGCCUACCCCCAAUCGAAACCAUGUCCUUCGGUCGCAGCUCGCUCCUCCACAUUCGAGAAACUGGAGAGAUAUUAUGGCAGGUUCCCAAGGCAGAGGGAUGGCGGGCACUUUUCAAAGGGUUGGGUCCCAAUCUUAUCGGCGUAGUCCCGGCACGCGCAAUCAACUUCUUCGCAUAUGGAAACGGCAAGCGGCUGAUCAGCACACACUUCAACAAUGGCCAGGAGGCAGCAUGGGUGCAUCUCUGCAGUGCGGCUGCCGCCGGUAUUGUGACUGGAACUGCCACCAACCCCAUUUGGCUUGUCAAGACGAGAUUGCAACUUGACAAGAACAUACACGCGGAUGGCCGCGGGCGCCAAUACAAGAACGCAUUUGACUGCACCAUGCAAACUGUACGGAAAGAGGGUGUUCGCGGUCUGUAUCGCGGAUUGACUGCCAGUUACCUGGGUGUUACUGAGAGCACAUUGCAAUGGAUGCUGUACGAGCAGAUGAAGCUAUCGCUGGCACGGAGAGAAGAACGCGUCAUCGCUAGCGGAAAACCACCAACUGUUUGGGACCAGACUGUGGCGUGGACUGGCAAAUUGACGGCUGCCGGAUCAGCCAAGUUCGUCGCUGCGCUCAUCACAUAUCCACAUGAGGUCGUCCGAACACGUCUAAGGCAGGCACCAAUGGAAGACGGCCGACAGAAGUACACAGGCCUCGUUCAAUGCUUCCGAUUGAUCUGGAAAGAAGAAGGUAUGGCGGCGCUCUACGGCGGUCUGGUGCCUCACAUGUUCCGUGUGGUACCCAGUGCCGCUAUUAUGUUCGGUACCUACGAAGGUGUACUGAAGUUCCUUGGAGAGAGCAGUAACAUGUGA